AGGAGGAGGAGGAGGAGGAGAGGCAGACGGAGGAGGACGCGUGGGGCUAUGUGGUGUCAGCGACACCAAGAGAUUUGCUGAACCAUGAUGAAGACUGAACCCCAUAAUAGUCCCGCUGGCGGCAGCAGCAGCAGCAGCAGCAGCGGGAGUAGCAGUGGUGGCAGUGGUGGCGGCAACGGUAGUGGAGCGAAUCUGAGAAGUGCCUCGCCUCACCGGAAUGCCUACGAAGCCAGCAUCCAAGCCCUGAAAGCCACAAAAGAUGCCCUCGGGAACUCCGACAGUGAGGAGGCCAAGAAAGCCCGGAACAAGAAGUAUGGCUCCAACGUCCACCGGAUCAAGAACAUGUUCCUGCAGAUGGGGACCACGGCGCCUCCUGGCGAGGCCACCCCCGUGGACCUGGCCAAGAUGAAGGAGAAGCCCGUCCGGCUGUCCUUGCCCCGGGCCAGCAGCCUCAACGAGAAUGUAGACCACAGUGCAUUGCUCAAGUUGGGCACCAGCGUGUCGGAGCGGGUGAGCCGCUUUGACUCCAAGACGGACAAGCCCUUGUCCAAGCUCCAGGAGACACGGAAGAUCUUUGAGAAGAGUCUGCAGGAGAAAGAGACCACCAACAAGCUCCUGUUGAGGAAGGAGAGGGGCGGCUUUCAGGACAGGAAGCUGGACGUGGUGGUCAGGUUCAACGGGAGCACGGAAUCGUUGGACAAGCUAGACACGGAGGCCGUGUCCCCCACCGUCAGCCAACUCAGCGCGGUCUUCGAGAAGGCCGACUUGAGGAACAACCUCCACAAAACCCCUGGCAAAGUUGGGCCCCUCAACUCUAAGAUUGUCACCAAAAGGUCCAGGGUUUUCCUGCAGGCUCCUGAAGCAGGUGGUGCCAAAGCGGAAGCAAGGAGUAGCGACGGGCCCGCUCUCCAGGUGAGAGGCCGGCUGCCCGAGGCUGACAAAAGCCAAGCCAAGCUUCCGGCCGCAAGCGGGAGCGGUUUGGGAGCAGGGAAAGCCACGGAGAAGGAGAGUAAUGUGGCCCUCCGUCCUCAGAAGGUCCAAGAGGUGCGCAAGAUCAAGCCUGUAGAAGUGGAGGAGAGUGGGGACUCGGAGCAGGAGUUUGAGGCUGCAGAGGUGGCGGUAGCGGCAGCAAUAGCGGAGGAGCAGAGCAAGGCCUCAAAGGGGGCUGAUGCUGUCCGGGCUGAUGUGAUCCAGGCUGAGGUAACAGUGCAUGCAGCCCUGGAAAAUGGCAGGUUGGGUGGUGGCAGCGAGAGACACUUGGAAACUCCAGAUCCGUUGUCAGAUGCUUACUGUGAGGAAGCCACUAAGGCUGAAGGACCAGAGGAGAAUGACCUGGGUGAUGAGUCUAAGAAGGAAGAUUUCUCUGAGGCUGACCUUGUGGACAUAAGCGCCUACAGUGGGCUGGGGGAGGAUUCGGGAGGGAGCGGGCUGGAUGAAGACGAGGAUGCCGAUGGACUGUAUGCUCCGGAAUCCAGCUGCAUGGAGAUCCCUGGCCUGUCAGAAGAGGAGGAUGCUGUCCCCAGCCGCAAGAUCCACUUCAGCACAGCUCCCAUCCAGGUUUUCAGCACCUAUUCCAAUGAGGAAUAUGACCGACGGAAUGAAGAUGUUGAUCCCAUGGCUGCCUCCGCAGAGUAUGAACUUGAGAAGCGAGUAGAGCGACUAGACCUCUUUCCUGUGGAACUAGAGAAAGAUUCUGAGGGCCUUGGAAUCAGCAUUAUCGGGAUGGGUGCUGGGGCUGAUAUGGGCCUGGAAAAACUUGGCAUCUUUGUCAAGACAGUGACAGAAGGAGGAGCAGCUCAUCGAGAUGGCAGGAUCCAGGUUAACGACCUUAUUGUCGAGGUGGAUGGCACCAGUUUGGUUGGCGUAACCCAAAGCUUUGCUGCCUCUGUGUUGAGGAACACCAAGGGUAGAGUCCGGUUCCUGAUUGGCAGAGAGAAACCAGGAGAGCAGAGUGAGGUGGCGCAACUUAUCCAGCAGACGCUGGAACAGGAACGAUGGCAGCGGGAAAUGAUGGAACAAAGAUAUACUCAAUACACAGAGGAGGAUGAAGAAACAGGUGAAUACGCUACAGAUGAAGAUGAAGAGAUGAGUCCUAUGUUCCCCAGCAGCGAGAUGGCCAUUGAAGUCUUUGAGCUGGCUGAAAAUGAAGACAUGCUGUCUCCAGUGGAGAUGGACCCUGAAAAGCUGGUGCAUAAAUUUAAGGAGCUCCAAAUCAAGCAUGCUGUGACUGAGGCUGAAAUCCAGCAGCUGAAAAGAAAGCUGCAGUCCAUUGAACAGGAGAAAGCCCGUUGGCGCCUUGAGAAAGCCCAGCUAGAACAGAGUGUGGAGGAAAACAAGGAGCGGAUGGAGAAACUGGAGGGCUACUGGAUGGAGGCCCAGAACUUGUGCCAGGCUGUGGAUGAGCAUUUGAAAGAGACACAGGCCCAAUACCAAACUUUGGAGAGAAAGUACAGCAAAGCCAAGCGACUCAUCAAAGAGUAUCAGCAGAAAGAGAUUGAAUUUCUCAAGAAGGAGACGGCUCAGCGUCGCAUCCAAGAAGAGUCUGAGCUAUCUCACAAGGAGGAAGUUGACAAGUUGCAAGAGAAGAUCUCUGAACUGGAGGCGAAGCUGCAGACUUUGAAAAAUUCGAACCCGACUUAAAAAGAGAGAGAGAACAGGAAAAAAACAUAUAAACCAACCAGAGCAAUUAAUUCUUCUUACUACUAUUAUUAUUAUUUGCAAGGGACAUGUUUAGAAUUUUCUCCCAUACACGCCCACUCUUGACUCUUUCCCCUGUCCUCUGCCUGAUUCCUUUUUUUCCCACCAGGGAAGUAACACCCAAGACAGUCAGAAGAACUACUACAGCAGGGGUAGCUAAUGGCUUUCCUCCUGUUGAGCAUGGGGGGAAGAGAGAAAAACCUUGAACAAUCAGGUGGGGUGGUAAAUUCAGAGUGGGCUGCAGAGGCACAACCCAGUCUCUUCUGGAGGGUGAUGAGUCGUUGUCGGUUUCUGUGUCCAGUGUGUGUCUUGUGUCAACUGACUGAACAGACUAUGGAAGGUGGGGAGGUGAAAGUGCUGGUUCCAUGUGUCUGACCAUUUGUGUCUUCUGUCACAUCUGCCUGAUGAGAACCUUGCACAGACCAUUAUGGAUCGGGACUCAGAUCUCAUGGCACUUCACCUCUACGCGUUGUCUUCUUGGCCUUUCUGUUGUGCAGGUGACAAACUGGAACAGAUGAGGACCUCUGCUGACAAGAAGUGAUGCCAGUUAUUUUCAUGUCACUUCCUGAAUCUUAAUAAUUUGGGGUUGGGAUAGGGUGGGAGGGACUGUUGUCAGGCUUUGGAAAUCAAUGACCUUGCCCUUAAUUUCCCACCCCACCACCAUCCUUUGGACAAUUUGGAAUCCAUUAUUCUCUGUUUUGUGCAAUGGUGGGAAAUAUGUCUGUGUUUAAAGGAGGGAGUCAGUGGGAGGUUUUGCUGGCCACCAUCUUUAGGACUGAGAAGAGGCAAUGGCCUCCACAACCACUGCUAGUUUUUGGAAAGACACUAUGGCUGACUUUUACACCAGGAAAGGAAUAUCCAUAUUCUUUUUCCUCCUCCAUGUAUUUUUAUUCACAAAGUCUUUGAAGAUUUCUGGGAAACAGUAGCCAGAAGGUUUACAAACUGGACCCUUCCAAAGGAGUUGAACAUUUAAGUCUAAGAUCCAAGAGAAAACACAUCAAGUUAACCACAGCAAGGAAUUGAAGCCAGAGACUGGGGGUAAACAUGGAACUGAACAAGGAAGAAAGACUAAUUGAGCAGAGCAAGCCUCUCCACCUACUUGAGCAGACUACAGCAUCUUGGUUUUGUGCCAGCAAUUUUCCUUUUAACAAAGAACAUGUGAAAAGCUCCCUCUCCUCCAAAGGUUUGGUGUGGGUCUGACUUGCAGCUGGCAGAAACAGAGCAUAAUAAGGAGAUGAAGACAGGAAACAGUGAAAGAUACUAGCAGAGGCUUGACCCUCAGAAGCAGAGUGCAUGAUGAAUCAGUAUCUUGGGUUGUUCUGUUGUAAGGGUUAUUGCCUGGUAUUUCUUUUUUAGGUGCUCAGCCUUCAUUCCAGAACAAAAUAUCAUACAGUACUAGGAUGGAUGGUCCCUUGUUUUGCCUCACCCCCACUGUAUCACACUUCAGGAGGUUAAACUGCACAAGUCUACAGUAUUUUAGUUUUGGAACACUGACUUGGCAUUUAUAUUUGGCAUGGAAUUCCUUCCUGAAACAACACCAGGACAUCAGAGCUAUCUCUGUAGGUGGCUGCCCAGCCAACCUCUUAACGACUCUUAUCACCCUUCCCCUCCUUCCCAGAAUAGUUGAUAUGUUAAGUUGCAGGACCAAAUUGGCUGGGGAUCGCGCUGCAUCUUCUUUCUGGGCCAAUAGUUAAACUAUGCUCAGUGCUGGCAGUGAAUUCCAAAGCUCUUGCUGCCUAAGGUGUAGGAACAUUUCAAGCAUUCCUUCACCUUCCUUCUGACUUGUUUAAUCAAAUGGAAGGGAAAUUCCAUGACUGGUGUUCCCCAGACAUACAUGUUUAUGCAUCGUCAGCCAGGGACUGAAAUGCUUGAAUACUAAAUAAUUCAGGCUCAAGUCAAACAUUAUACCCGAAAGAGAGAAACAGAGGCAGGGGCACUAAUUUACAUUGCCAUGGAACAUUGUCCUACAAAGGAGGUGUAAUCCUUAAAAUCCACUCCCUGCAUGGCACCAGCUUUAAGGAACAUUUCUCUGACAGCACUAGUAAUGUGCUAGUACAGGGACUGGGGUUUCCAUGGGCAAAGUGUAAUGUUGAAAUCAGGCUUUAGAGAACAAAUUUCCUAUAAAAUAUGAGCAACGUGCAGCUUUCAAUUAAAAUACAUUGGAAUGGUUUCUGUCCUUAGAGUUGGCCUGUCUGUCUAUCCCUGUUGCCUUCUCAGAUGGGGCUGUUCCUUUUAGUCACCACAGUCCAUUACUUAGUUCAGAGUCUGUCUUGAUUGCUCUGUCAUUUGAUCCAGGUAACACACAGCUGCAGUAGGAUCCUGUAUAUAGGAGCUUUAAAUUUUGUUGAUGGGAGUAGACGGGCCUAGACAUUCACUGGUCUUCUGUCAGAAUUCUCUUCUGAAUGCAGCUAUUCCAGGUUUGUUUGUUUUUUAAAGCCAGGUACUGUAAAUUAAAUGCAAAUCAGGUGAAACUUCAACCAACCAGGGAGCUAUCUAUUGCAUCAUCUACAAUAUAUGUGAUGGUUGUUUUGUUUUGUUUUUCCUGGCACUGCUGUUAGCUGUGUACUCAAGCUGGUGUUGAGCAUUUUCCAAGAGAAACAAAAGCAAAAGUGUAUUUUGUAUAAUGAUUGCUGGAAAAGGCACUUUCCCCCCCCUCAAAAAGAGCCAAACAUAUGCUAUUUCAAAAGCCUGUAAAUUAUUGUUAUUAUUAGUAUUAUUAUUAUUAUUUAAAGCAGUAUUGUGUCAAGAGAGGAUAUACUUUGGGGUUUGAUCCCUAAACUGGAAUUUGUGACAUGAAUGGAAAUAUAUAUUGCCCUGCUCCCACAUAAUUUCUGCUAUGAAGGUAAAAUGGAUAUUGCCUAAAUUCCAUUCCUUUUGCCUUUUUCUUGUGGCACUUAAUAUUGGGUCCUGUUGACUUUUCCUUUGAAAAUAAGAAGUGCCUGUUACUGUGAUUCUGAUAGUAACUAGAUGUGAGUUUCAGGGCUUGUAUAAUAUCAAUGGAUCUGGGGAAGAAAUCAAUGUAAAUACUAGAUCAUUCCCCGUUUCUUCAGCCCUGACCCCUUGCCAUCAUAAGGAAAUGCAGUGUCCUCAGGACAGAAAUCAUCCAUUUUUCCUUCAUAACUUAGCAUUCUCUGUUGAUUUUAUCAGGUUUGGCUGACUGUAAUAAGUUGAAAACUAUCAAAUCAUUUUUCAUUAAUGGCAUUGAUGCAAAGGGAGCAAACUCAAGCCCUCUUGAUGCAGCAUACCUCUAUGAUCUGUUUUGUAUCCCUGUAGCAGCCAAAUGGUGAUAAAACUGUGACCUACUUUACAGGGUCCAUGUAUGAGUGUCGUGGGGAUUCUUAUCCACAUAUCAAGAUCUGUGAGCAGGGAGUUUGGAUGUGGCAAACAUUCUGGGUUCAAUAACCCAAAAUUAAAAUGUGAGAUGUUGUGUCUAA